AAAAAAUUGAAAGUUUAAACAAUAACUAGAUUCUCCGAAUUUCAGCCAUUUCUAAGAAAUUCCAUCUUCUCAUCAAUGGCAUAUUCAGACUCUUACGCACCAUCGGCACCGGAGUUACCAGAAUCGUUCGGACAGCAACUCAACGGAGAAGAUAGAUACUGUUACGCCUAUCCACAUAGCUCCUCCGGGAUGUUCUCACCGGAAACGCAUCCGGACAUUGUGAGGAGCUUCGAGUUUUCGGACAGACACCGGAGCGGAUUCCUCUAUGAGUCGGAACUCCGGCAAGCGUUGUCGUUUUCUGGCUACGAAGGAAUUAGUAACAGAACGGUUAGGUUUCUCAUGUUCAUCUACAAGAGUCCUAGAGAUUCUCUGCUUCGGCUUGGUCCUAAAGAGUAUGUUGAGUUGUGGAAUUGCCUUGCGCAGUGGCGUGCAAUAUUUGACAGGUACGAUAGAGAUAGAAGCGGAAAGAUUUACUCUUUAGACCUCAGAGACGCUUUCUACCAUCUCGGUUGCAUGCUUCCAACCACGGUUCUCGAGCUUAUUAUCGCAUCGCAGUUUGAUGAAAAGACUGGCAAAACUGGUGAACUCUGUUUCCACAGGUUCCUCGAAUGUGGGAUGAUUGUGAAGGGAUUGACUAAGAAGUUCACAGAGAAGGACCCAGGUUACACAGGCUUCGCAACGCUCUCUUACGAGGUCUUCUUGUCGAUGGUGAUACCGUUCAUUGCCUCUUAUGAUUAAUGUUCAUGUUAUUUGUUUUUUUUUUUCUAUCUAAGCUACAAGUUGUAUGUAGAGAAUGAAAUCAAACUAGUGAAUAGGUAAGUUAUUGUUGGUGGUGGAAGAGAGCAGAGAUAUAUAAGUGAAAAUUGUGAAGAUUCUAAUAUAUAAGAAACAAUAGUGGUGUUCAAGAUUCUAAUACAAAAUGCUUAUAGCCAUUUUUAGAGCC